CGCGACAUGAGAAACACUUUGCUUUUAUCAUCUAAAGUUGUUUCCUAGAUGGUUAGAACGCACAAUAAAAGCGUUGCUUUCGACACCCCAUGAUUUGCAAGUGAUUUGCAGGUAUCGUCUCACCAUAUAUACUCGUACGAUGACCGAUGCUGGGAAUUGUUGAAUUGUUGUGAGCAUCGAAUUUCCAGUUGUCAAGAAUGGGCAGCCUGCUUCGCCUUCCCACUGAACUGCUUCUCGAAAUAGUGUCAUGGAUACUAGCAUCAAAAAAUCGAGUAGACAUCAUCAUCAAAAUCCUGCAUGCUUUUGGGCUGGUCCACCCCCGAAUUUGGGUCCUCAUUGAACGCAGUCUAUAUGCCUUGGAUGUUAGAUACUGCGGGAGUUCGUCCCUACUAUGGGCUGCUACUAAUGGCCAGAAAGCAACGGCCCUCAAAGCACUUGAAUUCGAUGCUAGUCCUAAUUCAGUGGAUAAUAUUUAUAGAUCUGCAUUAUCCAACGCAGCUACGGCAGGACAUAUAGAAAUUGUCAAAUUGCUUUUAGACCAUGAUGCGGAUAUUAAUCUAGGCAAUGAUCUGGCACAAAGCCCGCUAUUCUUUGCUGUGAUCGAAGGCCAUAAAGACGUCGUCGAGCUUAUGCUCGAGAAGAGGCCGCUCUUCGACUUGGACAGAGUUGAUUAUACGGGCCGCACACCUUUGUUCUAUGCAGCUCGCUGGGGCUGGGCGGAUAUUGUCGAUCUUCUACUAUCCAAAGGAGCCGAUCGCACAGUAGGAGAUUUCAAAGGCUCCUACGUAGAGGGCGUGGCUGCAGAGCAUGGUUGUAUUGAUGUUCUGCAGGUAAUAAUGACUUACGACAUGUCGAUGCUGGACAAUCCGAAUGUGGCAAAUCACACGCCACUUGCAUUGGCCACCAAAAAUGGCCAUUUUGAUGCAGUAGAGAUGCUUGUUGAAUGUGGUGCAAAUAUGAAUGCACGAAAUGCGACUGGUCGGACACCGCUUAUUUUGGCUACUCUGGCCAGACACGUCGAAAUCGCAAAAUGCUUAGUCCAAGCCGGGGCAGAUAUAAACGCAACCGAUAAUUUGGACAAUGCGCCUCUUUUCUACGCCAUCAAGCUGGGCAUUGGAGAGCUGAUAACUCUCUACUCCGGCCGCGGAGCUGAACUGGCGCAUGGGAAAUACUACUGGCUUGUUGAUGCCGUUUCUAAAUCUGGUUACAUGAACAGCCUUUGUUGGCUCUUGGACUUAGGUCCAUCUGGGACAUGUGGAUACGGAUCAAUGGUAUUUUACGAUGCACUGUAUGCUGCAAUAAAAUACAAACAAGACGACCUGGUCGAUAGGCUUCUCAUAGGAGACUGCCCAGUGGAUCCAGAGAGACCUUCGGAAAUAGACAAUCCGUACUUCCACUUGAAGACCCCUUUAUGGCUAGCCGUAGAGCAGGGCAACGAGAAACUUGUGCAGAGGCUACUUGCAAAAGGGGCAAAUGCUAACGUUUUUAUUAAUUGGGGUAUUUGUACCUCAAGGGGAAGAAAAGUUGGAAUACUCCUAACUAUGGCUAUUACAAAGGGCAAAGAUACCAUUAUCAGAUCUCUGAUAGAUUACGGCGCCCAUUUUGACCUAGGCGACUCCGCCGAAAUUAAUCCUUUGUAUCGCGUAGUGCGGAAGGAUAAUAUAGAUCUUGUACAGCAUAUGCUUAAAUCUUGGAGUGUGCCUCGUGGCUUCACCCAUAAAAGCAAGCUUCUGACGGAGCAUAUGCUGCGCACGCUAUGGAUGACUGUGAUUGCGAAAGGCAAUCUAGCUAUGGUGAGGCUGCUGCUGGAAUAUGGCGCCGAGCUGUGCAUGCUGUGCUAUUUCAGGAGAGAUGCCUCUGGACAUCUAAGGAAGAUUCAGUAUUUGCCUACAGCCUACGCAUUGAAGAAAGGUGCGGAGGAAAUAGCUGAACUCCUCGAUACAAUGUAAAAAGGAUGAUGGUAAGUUAUGUCACCGUGUGAAGUUGGGAAUAGAGUGAUGAUCAAG